AUGACUCUUAUUGCUGCCAUGAAGAACCUUACCCCAUCCGCCUCAUCGAUGGGAAUGUCCAAGUCAUCAGUUGCCGGUGGAUCGUACGGUGGUGCCAUGCAGGGUGCCAACAGAAGUGCUGGUCUGUUUGGAGGUUGCGGUCCAUGUCUCCCAGACAUCCACGUCAAUGUUGAUGUCAACGUCCACAUCAACUUGUCCGGUUGCACAAACAUCGAUGCAUGCAUCAACGCCAACAUUAACAUCUGUUAA